ACGAUCUAGAAGCCGGUCACGGCGCAGAAGACGAUCCAGAUCACGCUCAAGGUCCCGAUCUAGGUCUAGACAUAGAAGGUCACGAUCACGCUCCAGAGGUCGAAGGUCAUCCUCUAGAUCACGCAGGAGGAGGUCAAGAUCAAGGGACAGAGACAGGGACAGGGAUCGUGACAGAAGGGACAGAGAUAGAGACAGAGAUCGUGAAAGAGACAGGGAAAAGGAGAGGGAAAAGGAGAAGCUUGAUCCUGAGAAGGAGCGCCUGAGGGAGAAGGAGAGGGAGAAGGAAAAGGAGAGAAAAAAGAGAGGGCUUCCUCCCAUCAAGAAGGAUCACUUGAGUGUCUGUUCCACAACUCUCUGGGUUGGCCACUUGUCAAAGCUUGUGCACCAAGAAGAGCUGUCUGAUACAUUUGGAGAAUAUGGAGACAUAGUAUCCAUUGACCUUAUUCCACCACGUGGUUGUGCUUUCAUUUGCAUGAAUAGACGUCAGGAUGCUGCUAGGGCACUAGCCAAGCUCAAAAAUCACAAGAUGCAU